AUGCUUGAAUUUACGCUUAAGUUUUUGAGUGGUGACAGUCGAAAGUAUGAAGUCGAUGAAUCGACAAAUGUACGUCAAUUUAAAGAACGUUUACGUGAUGAACUGAGUAUCCCUAUCGAACGACAACGUUUGAUUUUUCAAGGCAAAGUUUUACAAGAUGAAACAAAACUUAUCGAUAGCAAUAUUCAAAAUAAAACGUUACAUUUUGUUGAACGUGCCGAGCCCAUACCACCGCCAGGUCCUAAUCAUGGAUCUGGUAAUACAAUUAAUAAUAUGGAUACUCGCACCCAUGAUGGUGGAAUAAAUCAAGCAAUGUUGGAUGAAGUGAACGAAACAACAAGUAUUUUCAUUAAUGCUUUUCCGGGUGCCGCAAAUUUACAACCAAAUGAUAUUCAAAGUUUAGUACAAAAUUUACUUAAUGAUCUUGGCGAUGUUGGACGACAAGCCCAAGUCAACACAACAAUGGCUUCGGAUGGACAUGGAGUUGACAUAAAUAUUGAUUUUGGCAAUAUACAUCAACUUGUAGAACAACAAGAAAUCAAUGAACGUUUUCGUUCUAUUGGACGAAUGUUAACCCGACUUAAACUUCGUAUUGAUCGUAUCGAACAAAUUGUGCAAUCAAAUUUCCGUCUCUCACCUACUGCAUCUCCAUCAGCCUCUGACCAAACAAUAAGUCCACCGCUUACAGCUGUUGCAACAGCACCAGCAGCAGCAACAACGACAACGACAACAACAACAGCAACAACAACAACCACAACAACAACAGUAACAAGAACAGCGACACCACCACCUUCAACAACAUCGUCAACUACAUUUCUUGGCAUGGAAGAUAUAACAUCAAGUGAAAUGGACGUAGAAUCGCAAGGUUCUAUUAACUCAGCUGAAACACUUCAUACGCCACCAACCAGUGCAGGUACUACUUCUGUUGAUAAUUCUUCAUCACCAUCAACGACAACGACUCAUAAUUCGUCUGUAAUAACACCACGAACAGCUCGUGAUUUAACUGAAUUAAUGAAUACAAUCGACAUUGAACAACGUCGAUUACAAGAAUAUUAUCAAACAUAUAUACGUACUAUAACACAAAGCGAUGCUUUUGAUCAGGAAUUGGCCGGUCGUCAACGUUUUUACUCUCUAUAUAAUGAAGCAACACAUCUUAUAUCUCAUAUAUAUCAUAAUAUAACUGAUUUUACUCUUGAUCUUAAUGAUCCAGUUGAGUCGCGCUUAUUACAUUUGGGUGAAUUACCUAUUUCUCAAGCUGGCCUUGCUUCGGUUGCUCAAAAUGGUUCUGGUCAAGACGCAGCAACAAGAAUCAUACCACGUCCUUCCCGAUCGAUUGGUCGACGACCCACAGGUAUGGCAGCUGCUCGUGUCAUGGGUCCAAUACAAAUAUCUGCUGGAACUAAUCCAGGUUUGGUACCAGGUGAAGUUCGAAUGCCAAUUCAAAAUCCAAUGGGUGCUAUGCCUCGCAUGGUAUUUAAUGCUAAUCCACGACCAACAUAUGCCAUGCGUCCUCCUAUGCCAUUAACAGCCAAUAAUGGUGGAAUGCAACAAUCAAUGCGUUUUAAUUUAGGUACAUUGCCAUAUACAUUCAUGCAAAUGGGUCCAGAAGGAAUAACUUUAAAUCAAGUUUCAGCAUCAGUCGUCGCAGAUGUACAAACAGCUAACUCAUCAUCACAACAACAGUCGUCAACAAAUCGACCAACAUUAAAUAAUAUGCCACAAGGUGCAACACAUGUCAUUUCGAGUGGUCCUAUUCAGAUAAAUGGUAAUCAAUUAGAUAGUAAUCUUGCAGCUGAAAUUGCACAACGUGUAUCCAAUAGUUUUCAACAACAUUUUGCUCAGAUGGCUCAUCAACAAACACCCAAUAGCAUAAAUAUGAAUAAUCCAACAAGCAAUAACAAUAAUGAAAUGAAUUUAGCAGAUUCAAUUCUACGUUCAACAUUUGUUCUUCAACCUGAUGCAUCAUCAUCAAUUCGUAAUAAUGAAACAUUACGAUCGCGUUCAGCUGAUUCGCGACCACCAAAUACUAAUCCAGCAACAUCAACCACGACAUCAAGUAUUGAAGAUGAUGACUCGGAUUGGAUUGAUCUACCACCAAUGGAUCUUCCAGUUCCACCACAACAACCUUCGAAUGCACCUGUACUUCCAAUACCUCGUCUUCGAGGACCAGCUAUUAUACAAUCGAUUGAUCGAAGUUUACCAUGUGCAUCACCUUAUUUCACUCAAACACUUCGUCCACCAUUUGAUAAUCCAAACAAUGCAUCCAAUUUAACACCAGAAGAAGCGGCAGCAUUACAGAAUGCUUCUAGUCGCGCUGUUAUCUUUGCAACAGCUCCUCAACGCCAACGCGGUCGUCAUCGUCAUCCAGCUGGACCAUGGGCACAACUUAAUCAGCAGCAACUACAACUGCAACAACAAUUACAACAACAAUUACAACAACAGCAGCAACAACAAAUGCAGAAUUUUAUGUUGGCAUCAGCUGGUGCUCCAACAGGUGCAACAGUUCUUACGCCUGCUGGUCAUGCUUAUAAUAUGACAGCACAUUCAUUUGAAAUUCCAAUGGUUAUUUCAACAACAACAACGACAGCAGCUGAAGUACCACAACAGACAGCAUCUAAUGAUAAUUCUCAACAGCCAUCAGCAGAAAAUGAUGGACAACAAACACAAAUGAAUACAAUUAUUAGUCAAGUUCUUUCACAAAUUUUACCUGGUGUUCUAAGAACUGGCAAUGGACGAGUUCGAUUGAAUAUUGGUCAAAAUAGUCCCAGUAAUAAUAACAAUAAUUCGACGUCACCGACGACACCAUCCCAAGCCAGUGGAACAAAUACAACACAAUCGGCAAUGCCAACAGCUACUAGUAUUCCUGGUGUAACUGCGGGUAAUUUAGAUUUCUCAAAUAUUGCUCGAUCAAUUGGCAGUAUGGUACAAGGAAUAACUGGACGACUUAUUCCAGGAGCAACAUUAAUUUCUCCUAAUUUUACAAUACCUAAUCCAAUGGCAACUGGCUCUUUCUCCUCAUCGUCAACAACAACAACAACAACGACCACAGCAUCAAAUACUAACUCAUCGUCACAGAAUAGCAAUAAUACGACAAGUACAACACCCCUCAAUAGUGAAAAUGAUGCUGUUACUGAACAGAUGCUUACAGAACUUUUACGUUUAUUGGGUGGUGGCCUUGAGAAUCCAGAAUUAGAGAAUCUAACUAUUGGUUCAUUUAUGCAGCGUUUUGGUGAAGAUAUUGAGACUCGAUCAAAUGAUGGUACCAAUCUUAUUAGCGAACUAUUUUCUACAAUGACAUCACGUAUGCAUUUUACUGAUGUCUGGAACCUUGUUUUGGGUAAUCCAGUUGGACUGCGUAUUAAUGAAGCACGCCGAUCAGCAACUGAAUAUCUACAGAAUACUGUACUUCAAGGACGACCUAUAACACCAGAAACACUUGAUGAACUAACCGAUAAGCUUUAUGAAUCACUUUUACAAGAAGCUGCUGUAAAUUUUAAUGACCUUCGAGUUAAACCAAAUAUUAAUGUAGCUAAUGUAAUGAAACGUUUCUUUCGUCAUCAUGCUCGUAAAUUAUUAAAUAUUUUAUUUGAUGAUCCAAAUAAUGUUUGGUUUGAUCAUUUCCGACAACAAUUAAUUUCAAUGCGUAAUGAAUAUUUAACACUAUCAUCAAGAUGUCUUGAAGGUGGAGAAACAGCUGUGAUAGAUUUUAUUCUAAAUCGACAUCGAAUCAUUUUUCGUUCAUCCAAUUCAAUGAUUGUAACAUGGUCUGAAACUUAUCUUCGUACAUCUUUAGCAAAUGCAUUCAAUGCAGUUCGUACAUCACCACCAAAUGUAUCAAGCUAUUUAAUAGAACCUACACCCGUUGUUGAACGUACUGUAAAUGUUACACCAUCAGCAACAACACAACUGAGUAGUAUAAUCAAUAAAAAGGAAUAUGGACGCGAAGCAGCAACACCAACUGCUACAACGUCAUCAAAUUCAUCAUGGACAGCAAAUUUACCCCAAGAUUGGAUUCCAAUUGUUGUUCGCGAUGUGAAUAGUCAACAGAACACACCAGCACAGCCACCAUUUAGUGAUGCUUAUAAAGAAGGUAUGCCACCUAAAAGACGUCGUGUUCAUAUGCGUGAAGAUUUAACUUCAUCAAAUUUAUUGCAAACACUUGUUUUACGUGCAUCAUCAACAAGCUCAUCAAAUAAUCAGUUUACAAAUGUAACAACACCGACACCAGAAAGUGUUCUAGCUGACGAAGCAGCUUCAUCAACACUUGUUAAUACGUUCGAACAAGAACUUAAACGCUUAUUAGAACAACGCUUAAGACAAGAUCGUGAUUACCCGGAAGUAAAAAAUCGUAUGCCGAAUACAAAACGAUAUUUAGAUGGUGACAAAUGA